AUGCGAUCGCAGAGGCGCUCCCUGUCAACCGUCACAAAUCUGACCUUCCGCAACUCGCGCCGGAGUCCGAAGAUCGACCACCGAGCGAGGCGUUCGUUGCAUGAUGAACCGAGCGUGAAACCUGAACAAUCGACUCUCAGCCGAACCGCAAUCGACAACUACCUCCUCAGAACCGAAUUCGAAGAGAACAGAGACAUCAGGGAAUAUUUGCGCAAAUGGCAGGCCCAGAAUGUCAACUACAUGGAUCCAGUCCGUGGCCCGGACACGUCAAACCCGGCUCCAUCAGAUGGUGGCUGGAAAGGAAAUAUGCUGAACGACAACCUUGCCUCCUUCGACGAGGCGGUUGAACGAGCCCAGAGUGCCGUCGAAGAAGGUUCGGAUUUCGACAUACAAAUGAACGAUUCCUACGAAACUGGCGAGAUUCUGGAACCUGGUGACUUGGUUGGGUUUUUCUCUGGCGUGGGCCUGAUGACACCGGCGAUCUAUAUACGCUCCCUCGAGAGACAAAAACAGUUUUAUUCUCUCAGAGGCAAAUGGCGUAUCGCAUCAGACAGGGAUAUUGACGUCGUCAUAAAAAAAUUCGCCUCGAAAGAAGAAACCGAAGCUCUCAUCCCGUUUCUGCCAACCACUAUUGCCGCAACCGAUAUUGAAAUGCAAGCUCUUACCGAGGGGGGUGUACCGCGAUCUGUGGGCGAGCCUCUCAUUAGCAAACUACAGGACUUUGACUACGAUAUCAAAGCCAUCUACAGAGAAAAAUGCAAGCGAUUAGACAAGGCCUACUCUCUUCUCGCGCAUUCAAAAGAUCGUUGCAUAUAUACGUUGCAAGACAUGGCUUGCAAAGUUUUGGAUAUCAGCGAAGAGGAAGUAACUCCGGCGGAACUUUUCGCGACUCAUCAGGCCAUUCUACGCUCCCCGUAUCUUAUUAUGAGCGAUCGCUCCUCGAUCUUCACCGACAAGUAUACUGUACAACCAAAAACAAAACAGGCUGCUUUUGAUACCGUUGUGCAAUGGAUCCGCGAUCACGAAGAAUACCAAACCAAGGUUACCAUAGGUUUUAAAAAGGUGGAUUUCUCACACCAUCCUAUGCAGAAAUUCCUCUCCAAGGCGCAGCGAUUGAUCCAAAAAAGCCGUGAAAUUCGGUCGCCAACGACAAUGGCAAAUGUUGGCCCUUGCUCACGGCAAUUUGAACCGAGUGAAAGAAGUGAUGGUCGAGUAUAUAGCAAAGUCAAGACGGAGCAGUUCAGCAAGAACGAUAAUAUGAUUUUGGAAUAUUUACAAUAUUAUACAUUCCCACGACUUCGGAUGACUACGGGCUUGCCUAGAUACGGUGCCGUUCAUAUCAUGAGAGCGACAGGGAUGUAUGCUACGGCGGAUAUCCAGCGUGGAGUCAUUCCUCUUUUUCUUCAGGAGCUAGGAGUGAUCUCACCUUGGGAAAACGUUCAUAUCCUGGACCAUUCUUUAGCUCUUCCAAGUCAUGACAUCGACAGUUGCCGAGAAAACAACACCGCAGGAGACCAAGAAGUGGUACAAUACAAAAAGGAUGCAAUGGAAAACUCAAGAGUCGACUGGGGCGACUUGCCGAUUUACUGUAUCGACGAUCCCGGCGCAAAGGAGAUCGACGACGGUAUUUCCUUGGAGCCUGUGCCUGGAUCUGACGAUACAUUCUGGGUUCGUGUGCAUAUUGCCAAUCCAUCGGCAUUCGUGCCCUUUGAUGAUCCCGUAUCGAAGUAUGCCUCUGAGUGCAUUUCGACCGUUUAUCUCCCUGAGCGAACUUACCCUAUGAUACCGCCCGAAAUUACGCAGGAAAGCUUCAGUCUUGCUCCUGGUCGUCCCACGUUAACAAUUAGCGCCAAAGUCAAUAUCGAAGGCGAGGUUCUCGAGACGAAUAUCACCAACGGGUAUGCUCGGAAUGUCGUCUAUUUGACCCACCAUAGGUUACGGCGCGUGUUCGGCGCUGGCGAGGACCUAAAAGUCUUUACAGUGGGAGGCGAGGUUCCUAGCAAACCCGAGGAGCAUUACAAAGAAACCCUUACGAAGGAGGAGGAGGAUAAAUUUCACAUUCUGAGGAAUCUCAUGACCAAGAUCAAUCUGAAAUGGCGUGAAAAUGGUGGAUUGACCUGGCCGGAUUCUUUUGGAAAGCAAAACCCAAGGGUUUAUACCGGCGAACGGCAGAUUGAACCGCAUGAGAUAUCUGAAGUCACGCACGGAGGCUACUACCUGGGUGAUCCAGUCAUUGGAUUGCAAUGGAAUGGAGGCGAUCCUUACGAUAUUCCAGAUCUUGGAAAGAUGAAUCUUGUCGCAUUAGUCAUGAGAUUUGCAUGCCACGUUGCUGGCCGCUGGGGUGCAGAGCGCAACAUCCCUCUAGUCUAUGAUGGAACUUUUUAUCAUCCAGAAUAUCCGCCUCUGACGCCAGCCAAGUUGAAAUCCUUUGAAGCGGCAGAUUGGCUUCGCUUCGCUCCCCCCAAGGGUCACAGUGCCUCCAACCCUCUCGUCCAUCACGGCUUGGGCGUGGAUGUGUAUACCAAGGCAACCAGUCCUCUGAGACGGUAUACCGAUCUCCUCGCGCACUACCAAAUCGAAGCAGCCCUGCGGUACGAGCAAGAGCAUGGCGAAAAGUUUGACGCUAAGAAGACGCCCUCUGCCUUGCCCUUUUCCACACAAGACGUGGACCAAGUCCUUGAACGGAUGGAGUCGGUGUACCCCGUUAUCAAGAACCUCCAAAACUUCUCCAACACAAGCUGGGCAUGCCAGUUCCUGUUUCGAGCAUUUUACUUUGGCCAGUGCAAGCUUCCAGCGACUUUCCCUUGUAUGGUACGCCAGCGGUUAGAAAAUAUCUCGACUCUGGGGACGAAAUAUGUAGGCGCAUACGCCGGCGAAAACCUGCCGUUUGGUAUGCGAGCGCGACUUUUUGUGUCUCAGGAAUUCGACGAUCUCGACCUCCUCGGUACAGUGGAGGCUAAGAUUAUCGCCGUUGAUAUGUCACUGAAUGUUAUUGAUAUGGAAGUUGUUCGAAAAGUCAAGAAAUGGGAAAGGAAGGGUGAUUGGGCCUAA